AUGUGGCAAGUGGCUCAGCAGCGUAACGUGAUGCAGUAUGGGAAGCUGGAGGAGUUUGUGACUCUGGUGACAGAGAUGGUUCCGGAGCUCCUGACGUUCAGGCAAAGGGUCCAACUCAUCCUGGGACUGAGAGUGAGGUCUGUUAAUGGCAAGUCUGCUUUACCUAGUUCUCAUUGUAGUUGUUUACAGUUGUUUUGUGUGUGUGAUUUACAUAUUCAGAGCAAAGACAAAGAAGUGGAGGCCUCAAAGGAUAACUUUGUGGAGCUGGUCCAAACUCUGCUAGACGACGCAACGAAGAGGGAACACUUUUUUCAGGAGGUGUUCCCUGUGCAGUACAGCACUAGGUACGACACAGCACUGCAGAUACUGGUGUGGCAGUUCUUCGACAGACUGGAGGAGAUGCUGCCAGUGCCCAGCUUUACACAGACAGCAUCCAUUCUCAAACUGACCCCUGCUGACCUGGAGGAGUGUCAGCAGUCUGUCUCUGACCCUGAGCAUCUGAAGACACUGCUGCAGCAUCAUAGAAAUCUGGGGCACCUAAAAAAAGAUCUUUUCUUCUAUGACUCUGAUACCAUCCUGUCCACGUUGUCCCUCCUCGCUCCCUCACUGAAGUCUGAACAGACCAAAAGAGGCAGAGAAAAAGGCACGGUGAAGAACGAGAGCGAUGUGAGGAGAAACGGAGAGAAGGAAAAGCCUGAAGGGCUGAAAGAACAGGAGAGUGGCAAGGAGAGACAGCAAGAAGUCAGUGGGGAGGACGAAGACGCCAAUGAGGAAAGUGAUGAGGGCACUGAAAGACUGGAAGAGGCUGGGGAAUCCUCUGGGAACUCAGGGCAGCAGAAACAGCCAUCAUUAGUGGCCAUCAAUGGACAAGCUAAAGCCAAGCCCCCCCAGUCCCAGGGCUUCUCCUGCUCACAGUGCCAGUUCUCCAACAGGAUAUGGCUCACCCACCAGGAGCACAUCAAGAAGAACCAUCCAAAGGAGGACAGUGGGAUCCUGGGCUCUGGAGAAGCUGGAUCUGAGAACAUCGCCCUGCCUGUCAGUGAGACGGAAAGCUCCUCAGCCAAGAAGACCAGGACGAACAGGUACAUCUGCUCCCAGUGUGGGAAGGGUUACAAAUGUUCAUAUGAACUGAGACGACACGAAACAGUUCACUCUGAGGUGAAGCCCUUCCAUUGUGACCCGUGUGAGAAGAGAUACAAAACGAAGGUGGCUCUAAAACAGAACCUUAGGAUGCACAGAGGGGAGAAGGCGUUCUUAUGUAGCGUUUGUGGAAUGGCCUGUUGCACGUCAAGUCACUUGAGGGUACAUAUGAAAACACACACAGGUGAACAGCCCUACAGCUGUGAACAUUGUGGGAAGAGAUUAAACUUUCCUGGAAAUCUCACAGUGCAUCUGCUGAAUGACACUGGAGAAAGGCCAUAUGUUUGCUCACAUUGUGGCAGAGGCUUUAGGUCUGCAGGAACUUUACAAUCCCAUGUACGCACUCACACUGGGGAGAGACCUUUUGUCUGUUCUAUUUGUGGGAAGGGAUUUAUUCAACAUCAAAUACUGAUCGGUCACCUCCGCUGGCACAGAGGGGAAAAACCAUUCUAAUGUACCGUUUGUGGAAAUAAUUUUAGUACCUCAGGUGUCUUGUUGGUACACACACGGAUGAACGCCCCAAAAGCUGUGAGCAUUGUGGGAAGAGGUUGCGAUCUCACAAUACAUGGGCGGAUCCACACUGGUGAGCGGCCGUUCUCCUGCACACUGUGCGACAAAUGCUUCACUUCCCACAGCGACCUUAGCAGACACAUGCGAAUCCAUACAGGAGAGAAACCUUACCAGUGUAAAAUGUGCGAUAGGAGAUUCACUGAAAGCGGCAACCUGAAAGUACACCAGCGGGUUCAUCGGGGAACAGCCACAAAUGUACGGGUUUCAGUGUGUAAUAUCAGUACGGCCCACCACAAAUCACCAAGUGCGGCAAGAAGGAAAGAAAGAAAGAAAGACAAUGUUCCACCUCUCCUCGUUGGACAUGAGUUGCAGUAACCACAGUCUAUCCAUGUUCUAAGAACACGCAUUAUAUUGGAACAACGUUAUGAUUCCCAUUAUAACGAGGAUUGUUAUUUUAUAAUAAGUUAUUGAUUGAUUUGCGUUGUAAUAACAUCUUCUUUCUCAUAGAAGCAAGAUAAUUGGCUAUUUAAUGACCAUGUAAUAGGAUUUUUCUUGUAAUAAUUAGGUAAUUGGUUACUUUGUUUCUGUAAGUAGUAGCUUUUCGACACCGGAUACUAGGUAAUCACACAAACAUUAACUGUAUCCUGUGGCCCCCGAAAAAAAUGAGUUUGAGCUCUGUACGGGACUACGGUGGUGAAGAUAGUGAUGCUUGGUAGUUCUAUAGUUUGUGACUGUGGUAAGUUCCUUGACUAAACCACCUUAACAUAUAUCUUGUUCUAUCAAAUCAACAGGUACACCUGCUCCCAGUGUUGGAAAGGUUUCAGAAACCACUGUGACCUGAGACGACAUGAAAGUGUUCACUCUGAAGCCAGGCCGUUCCAUUGUGACCAGUGUGAGAAGAGAUACAAAACGAAGGUAUAUCUAAAACGGCACCAGAAAGUUCACCAGACAAUUCGCACUGGAGAAAGGGCAUAUGUUUGCUCACAUUGUGGCAGGGGCUUUAGGAAAUCAGACAUCUUAAAGUCACAUGAACGCACUCACACCGGGGAGCGACCUUAUAUCUGUUCUAUCUGUGGGAAGGGAUUUAUACAGUCGAAUGGCCUGACUGAACACCUCCGGAUGCACAGAGGGGAGAAACCAUUUUUAUGUAGCGUUUGUGGAAUGGCCUUAUGCACCUCAGGUCACUUAAGGGUACACAUGAGAACACACACAGGUGAGCGGCCCUACAGUUGUGAACAUUGUGGGAAGAGGUUCAACAUAUCGUCACAACUCACCGUGCAUCUGCGGAGUCACACAGGCGAGCGGCCUUACCCCUGCACACUGUGUGACAAACGUUUCGCCUCCAGCAGCUGCAUUAGAAAACACAUGAGGACUCAUACAGGGGAGAAACCUUAUCAGUGUAUAAGGUGUGGUAAGAGAUUCACUGAAAGCGGCAACCUGAAAAUACACCAGCGAGUUCAUUGAGAAAAAGUUGUCCGAAAGUUAUUGAGGGACGUUGUGCUCUGUACAGCAGGGUUCCCCAACUGGCGAUGAGGAGUGAUAUAUGCCAAUUAGGAAUGAGGGGGAUGA